AUGGAGCAUGUCUCCCUUGAAUCAAAGAAAAUCUUUCACUUCGAUGGGCGCGUCUUAAAUGGUGCUUAUUACGUUUCAGAAAUGAGACCGCCUUCGCGCAAGGGACAACCUGUCACUGUAGAGUUCAGUAUAUACGUGGUGGAUGUUAACUCUAUUAAUGUUGAAGAUAUGGACUUUAGAGUGGAUAUGUUUAUCAGACAGACCUGGACAGAAAGCCGCUUGCAGCUCCCAGACGAUAUUUUCGAAGAGGGGGAUGAUCACGUGACCUUGCCGCCCGAAUUCUUUGACAAUCUAUGGCAUCCGGACCCUUACUUCUUAAAUUCCAAAGUCACAGAGAUAGCCGAGUUGACGCACAAAUUCUCAUCAGUCACCCUAUACAGGAAUCAAACAGUUCGGUACGCAGCCAGGAUGCAUGCCAUCAUCGCUUGCCAGAUGGAAUUUCAACUCUAUCCCAUGGACAUACAGUCGUGCCCCAUUUAUAUCGAGAGCUUUUCGUACAGUAAUCAGAAAGUGCGUUUCAAAUGGAGCGAAGCUGGUGUAACAAUUAAUCCCGAGCUAAAACUACUUCAGUAUCACAUCGGCGAACCACUCAGACUCGAGGAGACUAACGGAAUUAUGCUCGAUAAAGAAGGUAACUUCUCUCGUCUGGUAGUCUACUUUCGCUUCGAGCGUCAGAUCGGUCACCAUUUAAUACAGACGUUUGCCCCCUCUUCCCUCGUCGUGAUGCUGUCUUGGUUCAGUUUCUGGUUGGAUCUGGACGCAGUGCCUGGAAGGGUCACCCUUCUCGUGACCUGUAUGCUAACUCUAGUCACGAUGUUUACUGGUCUCAGAGCAGAUAUACCACCCGUGGCUUAUGUCAAGGCUUUAGAUCUUUGGAUGGCUGGUUGCAUGAUGUUCGUGUUUGCGGCACUAAGUGAGUUCGUGGUAGUCAAGGUGCUAGACAAACAGUAUCAAAUGAACAAGUCCAAAGCUGAGGCUAUACCGAGAAUUAUUCCAGUUCGAAUAAAUGGGGAAAAAGGAUCGUGUGGCACAGUUGCAGCGUGGGAGGGAAGCGGGGUGAGAUGUCGUAAGGUCGACCUCACGUCGCCCGCGUCUCCGCCGGCGAGUACACCUGCGGUGCAUUCAACCCCUGCCGCCCCUACGCAUCUGGUGGGAGUCGAGAGGAGGCAAAGUAUAUUGCAAGUCGCCUGGUUGGACGCAGACACCGGACAAGAACGAGUAUUGUGGCGGGAAAUAGACAAACUCUCUAGGAUAGUUUUUCCAGCCUUAUUCCUUUUGUUCGUUACAUUGUACUGGCCUGUGUUGCUGUUAAAAACAAAGAGUUCAUCGUAUUGA